AUGGCUACCAGCAGUGGCGUAACGAGCAGGCCGGCUCGCCAGAUGGAUGCACGAGGGUCCGGUUUGGGCGGCUGGGGCCUCGGUGAUCUGCGGCGCCUCCAGCCUGGCCUCUUCCGGACGGCGGCAGACAAGGCCCAGCUGCAGACGGCUGUUCACCAGGUAUUUGGGAGCCAUGCAUGGCACGGCUGCUGUUCUGACAAGCUCCUGGAGGCAUUGCUUGAAGCAGGGCAGCAGUGUUACCUGAAGCAGCAGCUGCACUGGGAUUUUCAACUCCUGGACUCCGACCACGACGGCUACCUCUCCGCCCGCGAUGUGGAGCUGCUCCUGGCCCAGGUGCCGCACGCCCACCCUGCAGGGGAGGCCUGGCGGCAGGUCAGAGACCUGCUCCCAGUGCAAUGGGCUUCCUCCAGUCGCCUCCAGCUGCUUCGGGCGGUUUUCCGUGACGAUGUACAGUUUUCCGUUUGGCCUCAGGCGGCAAAAUGUCCCGCGCUCCAGGAGGGCCUGAGGGGAUUGGCCCAGCAAGGGUCCCGGGGGCCAGGCGGUGAGACGAGGAGGGCCACACUUGCCCCUGGAGGGCCUGAGGUUCUCCACCUUGAGGACUGGCUUUUCAGACCACCCCACCUGCUUGCGGACAGACCCCGCACCGAGCUGAGAAGGAGCUGCUUCAGCGAGCAGGGUGCAAGCGGAAGGGCCAGCAGCCCCCUCUAUCGCUGGGGCAUCAGGAGAUGGGAUGAGCAGCCGCUGGAACGGUGGGACUCUGGGGGUCUGAGCACCCUGCUUGCAGAGGAGGCUUCUGGGGUGCUGGCAGCGCUGGAGCGGAAAUACCGGGUUCUCCAGAGGAAACUGUGCGCUGAGAUGCUGCAGGCACACUAUGGGCAUCCGGUUUGGACCUCCCUGUCUCAGACUGCGAAAGAGGACAAGCUCUCCGAGCUGGAGACCCUGGUGGAUUUCGGCCUGCGCGAGGGAAGCAUCCUGCCCCUCUCCAGCCUGCCCGGGGCGCAGCACGAAGUCAGAUCUGGGGCACCGAAGGCGGGCGACACCAACGGGAGACCCCUCGACCCCUCGGCCACAGAGGGCACAGCCGCCCACGCCCUCCUGCAGUUGCGGCGCAGGAGGCAGGCAGAGACGGCAGCUCUGCUGACCCACCGGCACCUCCAGGGUGGCAGUUCCCAGACUUUCUGA